AUGGAUUUAGAAAGUUAUAUGAUAAACACCUUGCAUGUUAGCGAAGCUGAUAUUCAACGUUUAAGAGACGAGAAGAUCGAAAGUAAUGUUAUAUCAUUAAUGACCGACGAGGAACUAGCCUGGUUUUUCAAAAUUGCAGGAGAUCGUGUCUUAGUUAGGAAUUUCGUUAAAACAUUAAAUACUUCAGGGCAGAGAAAAGAACAUCUAAUAAAAAAUGUUAGGGAACGUCUAGCAGCUAUACGCAAUAAACGUAUAGUUAACAAAUACGAAGUCUACUAG